AUGGACACUUUAUUCAACUCCACCAAAUCUAAUGCCCGCGGGAUUCCGGAGGCUCCAUUUGUAGAAAAAGUUGAAGACUUUAUAAAGGAUCCCAAUGACUUUGAUAUUUGCUUCAACAAGUUCCAAGAAAGGCUAUCGAAAUACAAAUACAUGCAGGAAUCAAAGAUGCUGACGGUCAAGCAGCUGAAACAAAAGAUCCCCGAUAUUGAAAAUACCCUGAAUAUGUGCCACGCUUUGAAAGAGCAGCAGGAACAUGGUCGCAACCUCGAGGCAAACUACCAGCUGAACGAGACGCUCUACACCAAAGCGGAAAUAGACACAUCACAAGAACUUAAAGUCGGUCUCUGGUUGGGUGCAGACGUGAUGUUGGAAUAUCCGAUAGAUGAAGCUAUAGAAUUGCUGAAUGAGAAACUUGCCGACGGCAAGAGGAAUUUGGAGACGAACCAGGAAGACGUGGAGUAUCUCAGAGAGAACAUCACCACCAUGGAAGUCAACUGCGCCAGGCUGUACAAUUGGGACGUCGAAAAGCGCCAACUGCUGAAACUCGCCCAGCAGAGUGCUUAA